CUACUAUACUAUAAUGUAGUUUGCUUGUGCGGGCAACCAUUUUUUUCUGUUUGGAAGUGUCUUGUUUCUCGAACGGAAUUGACUACGAAUUCAGAGCUCCAAAGAUAUCCUCAAAAGGAAAAAGAAAGAAAUCGAGUACUUUCACGAAAGUCAAAAAAAGUAAAACUGAAGUCGAAAUGAACUCGGGGAGUGGUCGUGGAGCAGAUGGGGAGCUGCCAUCGACGUCCAAGCGUCAAUCCCAAGAUGGCGAAGGACAACCUCCCAAGAGACGUCGGCCGGAGGACGGAGGUGCGUCAGAGACGGAAAAGUACGGGCGGACCGCGUUACAUCGUGCAGCAAUGAGCGGAGAUACGGAGGGAAUUAGGGCGCUGCUGGACAGAGGACUGGACACGAGGGCGAGGGAUAUGGAUGGAGAGACGCCCCUCCACAUGGCUCUGUCGUGUGGGAAGGAGGCCGCGGCGGAGCUGCUGGUGGAUGCGGACUGCAUCACGGAUGUCGCGGAUAAUUACAGGAGCACCCCUCUGCAUCGCGCUGCCGAGAGUGGGUUUGUGAAUGUCUCCGUAUGUUGCUCGCGGGAGGGGCGGGACGCAAGUGCGAAAGACAAAGAGGGAUGGACGCCCCUCCAUCGCGCCGUGUGCUCGGAGAAGGAGGCCGCGGCGGAGGUACUGCUGGAGGCCGCCCCCGGAUGUGACGAGCCGGACCGUCUUGGAUGCACCCCCCUGCACUCUGCUGCUAUAAUAGGUCUCGCGCGGAUAGCUGGAGCCUUGGUGUCGAGGGGUGCACGUCUGCAAGCUGAAGAUGGAUGUGGACGCUGUCCCCUGUACUGGGCCCUGUGGUAUGGGCAAGAUGAUGUGGCGAGGAUGCUCCUGGCGACGUACAUCUGGAGGUUCAUCGAGAUACAUUGGGAGAAGAUGGGGCUCUCGAAGGAUGACGAGGAGCGCGGCGUCCGUCUGCUCUCCGAGUACGAGGCCGAGAUGAGGGAGGCCCGGGUGGAGGGGUCCCGCCUCUCCCUCCGCGACCUCGCCCGCCGACACCCCUCCCGCCUGGCCCGGCGCCUCUCCGACGGGGCGAUCCGGCGGCUCUCGGACCGGGACCUCCUGACGCGGGACUUCCCGCUCUUCGGCGACCUCCUCCUCGUCCGGCUGGAGGAGGUCCGGGAGCGGAGGGUCCUGGAGGACCGCUUCCUGCUCUGCUUCCCCCUCCUCUGCCCGCCCCUGCCCCCCACGUGCACCGACGUCCUCCUCGCGUGCCUGGCGGACGACGAUCUGAGGCACUUCGCCCGGGCCGCGGAGCUCUAGUCCCCGAGAUUCCGUUCCGGUGCCUCGCGAUGGGAAAGAGAAAAUAAAGAUCACAGGACUUUGCUCGAACUGUAUGAACCUCUUGUGACUGAACUUUAUCUGCUGUUGUUUUUGUGAAUUAUUCUGAGACACCUUUCAAAUAGCUUUGUACAUCAUGUGCGAAAUGCUUUGUGUGUAUCAACCACGUAAUAAAAGGA